AUGCGACCCAUCCACACCCUCCUCGCCUUAGUCGGCACCGACGCCGUCACAGCCUGGGUCUUUCCCGCGGGCCUCGAAGACGGCGACUGCGCAACCGACGCUGCUCCGCCGCCACUCCUCCCCGUCCUCCUCGUUCUCGUCCGUCCCGGAACACCCGCAGCCGCAGUCGCAGCCGCGCCAAAUACGACGCUGGCGGCCGAAGGGCAGAGGCAGGGGCAGGGUGAUGCCGUUCCCGUUCACAAACACGACGACGACGGCGGGGGCAGGGCCGACAGCGCCGAUGACAACGACAACUAUAAUGUCAUCAUCCACUCAGGUGACGGCGACGGAGACGAUGACAACGUCGACAGGAGACACUUCCUCGCGGCACACCACGACAACAAUAACUACGAUGCCAUCGCCAUCGCCCUCUCACGAAACAACGUCGUCAUUCUCCCAGACAACAACAAUGACGAGAACGACGACUACUACAGCCCCCCCGGCCACCCCGACAACCACCACGACGAGGACCCCUACGACCCCUACGACGACGACGACCUCGUCAUCCACCCCCACGAGGAGCCCACCUACUACCGAGACGUGCCCUACUUCGGCACCCCGCGCAACGCAUCCAAGCGCCUCCACCUCGCGCAGGUCCCCGUCCGCGUCACCGACUUCUCCUGCGUGCGCACGCGCCUGCCCCUCCCCCACGACGAGGUCGAGGAGGGCUUCCUCUCCCUGCGCUGGUUCUGCGCCCGCUACCUCCUCAGCCCGCGCACCAUGCACCUCUCCGUCUCGCGCAACGGCUCCACCGCCGCCUUCGUCUGCAACAUGGCCUACCCCAUGGGCACCAACCUCGACGCCGUCUGCCCCAAGGACAAGCGCCAGAGCUGCCGGUUCGACAAGGAGGGCCGCCCCGUCUCGUUCGACGUCACGCGCCCGAAGAGGAACCGCUGGCAGGACGAGCCCGAGGCGCCGCCGGGCGUCGUCUUCGGCGCCCAGAUGUGCUCCGGCAAGGAGUUCCGCGACGUCCAGAAGCGCUGGCUUGACAAGUACUGCGGCCUGGACGUGCCCGGGCAGGUGUUCGUCAAGGGGAAGAACAAGUGGUACGGCCGGGCCUUCAGGGGCAUGGAAAUCUGCCCGGACCAAAAGGUAGAUGUGUUUGAUCGGAUUCCGCGUUGGACGGGUUGGCCAUAUUGGUACGAGCCGCCUCCUGCAUUGUUCAGGGAGAUAUGGGAGCCUUCUCCAGAGGCGGACGGCAACGAGCACGACCGCCGACCAUCGGCCUAA